AUGGGUGCUUUCAAGGAAUGCUGUGAUUGCUGUCUUCUUGCAAAGGAACUUCUGCAUAAAAAUCAGCCGUGCGUCGCAGCAACGGGAUUCUCGGCCUCUUGUCUCAAGUCAUUCACACGUUGUUGUCAAGGACCGUUGGAAAUCACUCAAACGUUUCCCCAUGUAACUGCGCAGCGGAAUAAUUUCCGUUUCCAAUUCCCUCUUACUCAUUUUUUGUUUCGAGUAGAUCGUCCAUCAGGACCAGUCCUGGAUAACAGUACCGUUUACUUCGGUGAUCGAUGUGCGAAUUCAAAAUGCGACCAUCUCUGUAAUGACCGAGGUGGCGAAACUGUAGAAUGUAGUUGCCGAUCCGGCUACGACUUAGCUCCAGAUGGUUACACUUGUGUCGAUCGGAACGAGUGCCGUUCGUCAACUCCGCCUUGCAUUUGGGGACGUGAGGUGUGCGUGAACGUGGCCGGAGGCUAUCUCUGUGAACGGCUGACACCGUUGCGAUUCCGUCAUCGCCCCUCCCUGGAUAAGACAAGGUUCAUCCGAAUGAGGGAAGGCAGUAGUCGCGCCGUGACGAGCAGAAUGGAGUCCUUAAUUUCGCUGUCCACCAUGCUUCCCAGACGAAGCAGGGAGAACGUGCAGAGGUGCCCUCUAGGAUGGCAGUUCAAAAAUGGGCAGUGUAUAGACAUUGACGAAUGUCUUGUGUUGGCCGAUGAUUGUCUAGAAUCACAACGUUGUCUGAAUCUUCCGGGCACAUUCAAGUGUAUCCGAACUCUUUCCUGUGGGACCGGAUAUGCGAUGGAUUCCGAAACUGAAGAUUGCAUUGAUGUCGAUGAAUGCAGUCUGGGAUCGCAUGACUGUGGUCCGCUCUACCAGUGCCGUAAUACUCAGGGCAGUUAUAGAUGCGAUCCGAAAAAAUGUGCCGAGGGUGAGCUGCAGAAUCCUCGAACAGGAGAAUGCAUAAGCAUCGACUGCCCACUUGGCUACUAUCCUGCUAAUGGAAUGUGUCACGAUGUGGAUGAAUGUGCUACUGGAAACCGGUGCGCUGUUGGCGAGGAGUGCGUGAAUACAGCCGGUUCGUUCCGAUGCGAAGAGAAAGGCAACAUAUGUGCUUCAGGCUACGCAGUGAAUGAAAACACUGGAUUUUGUGACGAUAUAAAUGAGUGUCUGGAUGAGUCGAUCUGUGACGGAUUGAUGUGUAUCAACAUGCCGGGCAGCUACAAGUGUCGUUGCAAUGCUGGAUAUGAGUUCAACGAGAAGACGAAGCGCUGCGAGGAUGUGGAUGAAUGUGAGAAGUUCGCCGGCCAUGUGUGUGAUCUGUCCGCUGAAUGUCAGAAUACCAUAGGCUCAUUCAUUUGUAAAUGCAAGAAUGGUUUCGAAUUAGCUGCAGACGGUAGGAGAUGUGAAGGUAUCGAUGGGAGAACUUGUGAAGACAUUGAUGAAUGCACAUUAUGGGCCGGCUCUGACGUGGACGAGUGCGCUCUUGGAGAAUGUCAAGGACGUGAUCGAAUUUGUGUGAACACACUUGGUCAUUUCAAAUGCCAUCACAUCGAAUGUCCUAGGAACUACGUGCGCGACAUUUGUGAUGGAUUGUCGGAUUCGCUAUGUAAAUCUCGUUACCCGAUCCACAUUACAUGGCAGUACAUAGCGAUUCCGAAGGGAAUCGCUAUCACUUCACACAGGCCGACUAUCACUCUGUUCACCAUUAAAGGACCGGCACACAACGAUUCAGUCGUGCAAUUCGAACUAAACCUGAAGCGUACCGUGCCGGAAUCUCCUCUUGUGUUGCUGGCAAUUCGCUCAAAUUUUUUACUCCAAAAAGGGAAGGAACGCAAUUCGGCUGUGGUCGCCGUUAGGGACACACUGGAUGGACCACAGACCAUCGAAAUGGAGCUCGUUCUCCGACUCACCAAAAAAUCACAAUUCACCGGCAAAUAUGUCGCUAAUCUGGUCGUUCAUGUGGCGGCACAUAAACGCAACACCAACUUUUUCGGUUAUUAG